UUUCAAGAUGCGCGUUGUGUGGUCUCGCUUGAUCCGAUUCAUCGCCACAGACGGUCGCGUGCUCCGUGGUGAUCCCAUCAUGCCAACGCCAGAUUUUGACUUAGGUUUAACCACUGAAGAAACGGGGCUACAAGCCAGAGUCAUCGAGGGAGAUGAUAUUUAUGACACAUCGGGGAAAGCCAAAGUUUCGGACGAGAUUGUUACGGUCGGCAAGCUUCUAGGACCACUCACCGCGCAGGACGUGGACGUCUUGCGCUGUGUUGGUCUCAACUACGCAAAGCACAUACGAGAAGCAGGAAGAAUCCCUCCGCCCUUCCCCUUCAUUUUCUUUAAGCCGACAACUUGCCUCCACGAUCACGGCGCAGACGUCGAAAUUCCUCGCGUCGCGCAAGACGAUCAGGCCGACUAUGAGGGAGAACUGAGCAUAGUCAUCGGGAAGGACGCAAAGGAUGUCCCUCUGGAAACAGCGCUCGACUAUGUCGCAGCAUACACAGUAGGGAAUGACGUUUCUUCCCGUCGUCUCCAACGCGAUCCCCGCCUAGCAGGCAAUGUGCCACAGUGGGGCUUCUCAAAGGGCUUCGAUACAUUUGCUCCGCAUGGGCCUGCUCUUAUUGCUGCGCCACUGAUUGGGAACCCGAGAGAGUUACUGCUACAGACUACCAUCGAUGGGGAGGUCAGACAGAAGGAAUCGGUUAGCGACUUGCUGUUCGAUUGCGCAUAUCUUAUCCACUACUUGUCGCAAGGGACAACACUUCGUAAAGGAUCUGUAAUAAUGACUGGAACGCCGGGCGGGGUAGGGGCUGGGCUUAAGCCUCCAAGGUAUCUGGUGCCAGGCACUGUAAUGGAGGUCUCCAUAAGCAAGAUUGGCACGUUGAGAAACGGCGUAACGUUCGUGUGA